AUGACUAGCAAACACAAGUCAAUUAGCAUCCGCCAAUGCCUCCAAAGGCUGGACUUGGCCUCCGAAGAUGAUCUGCGCAGCAGAGUCCUUGAGGUGCCCGCCUUCCUCAACGCCUGGGCUGAAUUUCGCGAUGACUUCCUCUGGGGCUCUCCUGAAGGUCUCAGUGGACACGUCUUCCUCAAAGUAGUCGUACCCGCAACCCUGCGCGAGCUCUCAGAUCCCAAUCCUACGAGUUUCUACAUCUACCGCACCGUAUCAGGACCAGCCAGCUAUGCCACGCCUUUUGCCAAGGUUAACAAGACGCACUUCACUCUCAGCGACCACUAUGUCCGCUUGCUCCUGCAAACUCUCCCUUCGCUUUCCAGAGCUCCGGACGGUAUAUUCCUUGGAAAGAUGGGCACAGACGCAGGCCGUGAAGCGUGCGUUGAGGCAUUGGCGUUCACGAUUCAUGCGUUGCGCAAUCAGUAUCGGCCGAAGAAAGAGGGAAAUAUGUCGCGCUGGCUCGAGAAGAAUGUGCCAGACUCGAGGCAUGCGGAUAAGGCGAAGGGAUUUGAUAAUCCGCGGUAUAGUGCGAUGAGAGCGCAGACCGUGGAUGUUUCGGAGCAGGAAGAAGAUCUGGAUGGAGGGGCGGCGGCUGCUAAGGAAGGGGGAGAGAAGAUACAUGGAAUAUCUGAUAGUGCAGCGCUGAGGGAGGAGGUGGGCCAUGGUGUGAGUAAGAACGUUGUUACUUCGCUGCCCAGUCCGGGUUUCAAUUUCAAUCCAUGGCCUCAUCCGUCACCUGGAGUACUGCCACCACGUCCGACGUUCCCGCCGGCGUCGUCGGUGGGAGGGCAGGGAAUAUCGCCGCCCGCUUGGCAGCUUCCUCGGUUGAUACCUCCUGGGGCAGACCGGACCCAACCCAACCAGCUGCAGCAACAGCAACAGAAACAGCAGCAGCAGAGGCAACAGCAGCAGCAGAACCAGAACCAGAACCAGAACCAGAACCAGAACCAGAACCAGAACCAGAACCAGAAACAGCAGCAGCAGCAGCAACAGCAGCAGCACCAGCAGCAGCAGAAGCGCCAGCUAGGAGCUACGCAAAGUCUCAACGGGCAGUCUCUUUCCAACACCAACAAGUCUUCCGCCUCCAGUCCCCCCAUAACGCCCUCACUUUCUGCCACCAACAAAAUCACCACUCCAACCGUCAUGGGCAUCUCAAAUCGCAGUCUCAAGCGCAAUCACAGGGCAACCUCACCUACCGUAGCUCAUAACAGCCCCAACCCCAAAGUCGCCAGAACAAAUUUGCCAGCGGCCACCACCACCAACGACAAAGCAGGCGCUCUCAACACAGAAGUAAAGCAGGAGCCGGACACGCCGAAUGAGCAGAACGCCAUCAUCCCGUUCACAUCACUGAGUCUUUCAAGCGAGAAUGACGUGAACGAGGGCAUGGACCAAGCGAACAUGAAGCAAGAAGGAAACGAACAGAACAUGUCGCCUCACACCCUGAUCCUGCUAGAGCAAGUGCGGGUUGCGCGCAGAGGCUACGCGAAGGCGGAGGCGGAGCUCGCGAUCGAGGAUAACAUCAUCGCGCAUGCUGGCGCGGCAGCUAUGGUGGAAGCCGGUCAGGCAGGUUGGCGCGAUUGGGUGGCGAAGAAGGCGGAGAUGGAGGUUUGGAGGAAGAGGUGCGAGAAUUGUUUGAGGGAGUUGAGGGGCGUGGCUGAUGUGAACGAGUUGGAGAGCGUGUGGGCGGGGUUGGAGGCGGCGAAGAGGCUUUGA